CCGAGCGUCGCCUGGACUCCCGAAGGGCUCUGGCUCCCCGCGCCUCUACUCCCAGCACCGCCGGCCAGGGAGACGUCAUGGGCUUCCGGAAGUUCUCCCCUUUUCUGGCUCUCAACAUCUUAGUUCUGUACCUCUCUGGCAGCCUGCACGCAGUGCCAUUCAGGCCAGACUUGGAGAGCAGCCCAGACCUGGCCACACUCAGCGAGGAGGAAGCGCGCCUCCUGCUGGCCGCACUGGUGCAGGACUACAUGCAGAUGAAGGCCAGUGAGCUGGAGCAGGAGCAGGAGACAGAAAGCUCCAGCAUCACCACCCAGAAGAGAUCCUGCAACACGGCCACCUGUGUGACCCAGCGGCUGGCAGGCUUGCUGAGCAGGUCAGGGGGUGUGGUGAAGGACAACUUCGUGCCCACCAACGUGGGCUCCAAAACCUUUGGCCGGCGCCGCAGGGAUCUUCAGGCCUGA